ACUCUCCGCCUCGGUCUUUGCGGUUGGUUGCAGAGGAGUAAAGCAACCAACAAACAACUGCUUCAAAAUUAGGGUUCCAUUUCUGAAAAGGGAAUUAGGUUCCCAUAAAGGAUCAUCGCAAAAAGGGAAAUUAGGGUUCCGUGACAGCUUCUUAAAGGGGAGAUUAGGGUUGUAAUAAAGCUCCUGGUAAAGGGGCGUCAAUGAAAGCUUCUUGAAGGGGAAAUAUAGGGUCUGUGAAAAUUUCUGAAAGGGAGGAAUUAGGGUUUCACGAAAUGGGAAAUUAGGGCCUCGGUCUCUUGAGAGGCUUCUUGAAAGGAGAAAUUGGGGUUUCAUGAAAGCUUCUAAGAAUGGCAGGAGAAGAAAGUUUUGUGGAGGUGGAUCAUGCAGAGGCGAUCAUAACUAGGAUAGAGCACAAGUCUAGGCAAAUUGAACGCUUACUCAGACUAUCUAGGCCUGUUGAGGCACUGAAAACAGCUCUUGAAGGCUCCCCUCCAAAGACCAUAGAUGAGAGGUGCAAGUCUGCAAAUUGGAUAGUGGUUCACCGUGCAAUGAUGGCAAUUAAAGAUGUGGAUGCCUUGUUUUCUUCUUUGGAUCCCGAGUACUAUGACAUCUUAAUGAAAUAUUUGUAUAGAGGCCUGGCUACUGGAGAUAGGCCGACAUGUGAUCAAUGCCUCCGGAUCCACGAGAGGCUGACUGAGCGUGCCGGUUUGGGAUGCAUUCUACGUGCGCUGGCUGACACUGUAAACACCGUCUAGAACAACCAACUACGUGAAACUUUGGUUUUCUUCUCUUUUCUUUUUCCUUUUGCCCUUUCUUUCUUAAGUGUGCACAAAUGAUAUGUUUUUUCACCUCUUAAUCAAUUUGGGGAAUGUACUUGUGCAUAGGAUUCAUGUUUUGACAAUAUGAGAGUAUGAUAGAAAACCAAAACCCCAGCUCCCCAGAAAUCUCUCUCUCUAGCACGGCCUUUCAUACUGUAAAAACGUGAUUUAUGAGGCUAUAAAAGCCGGGAGAGGGGGUUGGACAACUUCUCUCUUCCAUCCCUCAU